AUGUCUGAUACGACGUUAAGCAAUGUGUUUUGGGGCCACAGUGCUGGUGUGCUAGUGCUAUCGGCAUCUGGUCUCUUGUGGCGCAGUCGUACAACCGAAAGCCAGAAGAAGUUGCUAAGAGAUGAUAUUGUGACGCUGCUAUGGACGCCCGUGGGUCCCAAGACGCACCAUCUUAAAGUCUACCAGAAAGGUGGCAAGUAUGUGCGCUUCACGGGACUUAAAGCUGAAGAUGUUUCACAGCUAAAAAGUCACGUGGAGAGGUAUUUUGACCGAGAGUUGGAGCAAGAGAAAGUAGCAGCAGAUGGUGGCAAUUGGGGCGACAUGAAAUUUGAAGGUCCGAACCUUAAUUUUCGCACGGCUAAUGCUAGUGUCAUGGAAUUGCCGCUUGAGCAAAUUUCUCAGUGUGCACUUCCCGGUAAGCAUGAAGUGGAGCUGCAAUUUCAUGAGGAUGACACUGUGGCUGGAGAUGAGGAAACACUCGUCGAGAUGAGACUUUACCUACCUCCAGGGGACGGAGAAGACGAGGUCGUGUCGGCGGAGGAAUUCCGUCAGGAAGUACUGGAAAAAGCUAAUAUCCGUAGUGUCAUGGGAAAGAGUAUUGUAGACCUCGACGAAACUAUUGGUACCUUUCUCACUCCUCGUGGUCGUUACGGUGUCGAGAUUUAUGGAUCAUUCUUGCGUAUGCACGGUAAGACAUUUGACUACAAAAUCAUGUAUUCGAACAUCAAUCGCUGCUUUCUGCUUGAGCUGCCUAAUGGUAUCAACACGGCCUUUGUCAUUAGUCUUGAGGAGCCUAUUCGACAGGGCAAGCAAGGAUAUCCUCAUCUUGUGCUACAACUAAGCAAGAACGACGUACAUAUUGACGUCAACAUGUCAUCGGAAGAGAUCAAGAAAUACAAUGGAAACAUUCAUGAACGUAUGUCUGGCGCGCUGCCUCAAAUUGUCGCUACGCUAUUCAAAUUUAUUAUUGGAAAAAAGGUGUACACGUCAGGUAAAUUCAAGACUCAUAGCGGUGAUCGUGCUGUCAAGUGCGCCGUCAAAGCACAGAGUGGCGUACUUUUUCCACUAGAAAAGUCUUUCAUGUUCAUCCACAAGCCCACAACCUUUAUCCGCUACGAGGAAAUCGAAUACAUUGAGUUCCAGCGUUACGCUGGCCAAAGUGGAUCUUCAGCUAGUCGAAAUUUUGAUCUGCUUGUUAGUUGCAAGUCUGUAGGUGGUGAGGCCGCACGAGAAUACAUCUUUUCGGCUAUCGACCGACGCGAAUUUCCGGAAUUAAGUCAGUUUCUGACGUCUAAAAAGUUGCGCAUACGAAACUUAAAGGAGUCUCAUGCUGCUGGCGCGCAGGCAGGCUCGAAGAAGCGUGACUUUAAUGAGUAUUUGGAGGAGUUAGGUCCCGAGGAGGGUGAGAUCGAAGAUGAUGAAGACGAAGAAGAUUCAGACUUUGGCCCUGGCGAUGCAUCCAAUGACGAAUUAAGUGAUUUAAGCGACGAAGAGCUCAGUGGCCAAGGAUCAGACGACGAGGAAGAAAAUGGAGGUGGUGACAAGAGCGCUGGAGCUGAGUCAAAACGUCAGAAUCCAAUACAUGAUAUUUCUCCCUUCUUAACCCGCCGACAUCGACGUCGACCGCUCGGGCUUGAGGCCCCAGUAAAGGAGAAUUUGGCGCAGCAGAUUGCAAACGCUGUAGCUCUAUCAUUGCAAAAGAACAGUCAAGGAAGCUGCAGUAGGGUGCUACUGGGUGGAAAGCAAGGAUUACUGGCACGGAAGUUACGAUUGGCGGAGCAGAAUGUAACUAAAAUGGCGGCGUAUCUGCGUUGUCGAAACCAGGAAACUGCAAGUGUCAUCGAGAGUCAAAUGAGCAUUGCGUCAUGUGCUGAUGGUGAAUGUCAAAACUUGUGUGUCAUAUGUUUAGAGGCUAAAGUGGACGCGUUGAUGGAAGCGCUUCCCUGUGGCCAUAUUUUUCAUGCUCAAUGUAUUAAUCGGUGGCUUUUGUAUCGAAGAGAGUGUCCAGUAGACCGACGUUCAGUGGACUGA